AUGGCGAACGCAGCAUCAGGCAUGGCCGUGAAUGAUGAAUGCAAGUUAAAGUUUUUGGAGCUUAAGGCGAAGAGGACCUACCGGUAUAUCAUAUAUAAGAUUGAGGAGAAGCAGAAGCAAGUUGUUGUUGACAAGCUUGGUGAGCCUGCAAAUGGAUAUGACGAUUUCACUGCCAAUCUCCCCGCAGACGAGUGUCGAUAUGCUGUUUAUGAUUUUGAUUUUGUUACUGACGAGAAUUGCCAGAAAAGCAGAAUUUUCUUCAUAGCUUGGUGCCCUGAUACUUCAAGGGUAAGGAGCAAGAUGAUUUAUGCAAGCUCCAAAGAUAGAUUCAAGAGGGAGCUUGAUGGAAUUCAAAUUGAGUUGCAAGCAACUGAUCCUACAGAAAUGGGUCUUGAUGUGUUCAGAAGCCGUGCCAAUUAA